AUGUCUUUACUGAAGGCGGCAAAUCAAUCGCUUGAAGGGAUUAACGCGUUCAUUCAGCUACUACAGGAUGUGGAAUACGUAGCUGGCAUUUUUGAUGCGGACAAACUGCUGGAAUGUGAACAAAAUCAGUUGAUCCACGCGUGUCAAUCGCUAUAUAACAAGUUGGUCCCUCUGACGGGUAAGCGCGAAGCCACGGAUCAAGCUGUUGGUACGAUCGCCGAUGCCCCGAGAGGGUACCAUACUGGAUCAUCGCAUUACGCCUCGGCGGAACACGAGAUAGAGUCGGACGAUUCGGUCGGUAUUCAGCGGAUGCCUUGA